AUGGCGCGGAACAGAGGCGCGGCGAGGAGGAGGAAGGACGAGGGAACCGCGACCGCGACAGCGACGGUGUCGUUGCCAGCAACGCCGCGGGGUGCCGAGGAGAUCGACGUGUCGUACCCCUCCAUUGCGUCGUCGUCCGAGGUCUCCUUCCCGGUCAUCCCCGGUGUCGCCUGCAUCCUCGACGCCUCCGACCGCACCAGGAUCAGCCGUGCACGAGGCCAACGGCGGCACAGGCCAUACAACAGCACCGGAUCGUCGGAUAGGGCCUGGAGUUGCAGCAGGAAGGUGACAAGGGUGACCACUCAGCAGCCGUUCCGUCUCAGGACCGAGCAAAGAGGAAAAGCCAAGGAAGGAAAUUUUCUUGAGAGGUUGAGGAAGAUGCAGAUCCCCGCGAAACCUCUAACAAAGGAACCCACGGAACCGAUCCAUCACGUGCUGCACAGCGAUGUGCGUGUGGUCAAACGCGUCAAGUUCGAUAGCCAAGUCGCUGAGCGCAAUAGCUUCAUGGAGGAAGUGAAACUGGAGAGGGAAAGACAGCAGAAGUUGGAUGAGGAGAUCGAGAUCAAGCAGGUUCCAAGAGCACAUCCAAUGCCGGACUUCUCCAAGCCCUUUGUGCCAAAAAGGUCAGUGAAACUUCCUACAAUUCCCAGGGAGCCAAGAUUUCACUCCAGGUUGAUGAGGCCCAUCUCAAAGGCGCGAUGA